AUGAAGUUUCUCUCGGCCAACACACUACUGUGUUUGAUACUGGGGGUACCGGUGGCCCUAGCGUUGGUGCCUUCUUCGGGAUGGAAGCUACCCGACGCGCGACCUUCGCUUCAAUCUCGAAAUCUACAGGUCGGUGAAGUGUUGGGGCAAGCUUUGACGGCUCCCGUUAUUCUCGGCGGCAUGUACGCCGCCGUCAUGGUAUUCAAAGAAAAUGCCAAAUUCAACGAAGUGGAUCCAGUUUACCAGGCUUCAAAACCUGGGGAGACCGCCUCGCCCGAUCCGAAGCCGGUAUCGCCUCCGCUCGAAACCAAGGUCGUUCCCGAAAAAGUAGUGGAGCAACUGGAGACGGCCAUGGACGACGCGACAGAUGCCGUGGAAGAAGCCUUUCUCGGAUCUACAGCGACUACAACAGUAGCCGCAGCACCAAUGGAAGAAAAGUUCGAGAACAAUCCUCCCGCUACACCCAAAGGUUUUACGCCCACUCCUCCCGAGAAGACUCUGAACGACCUCGUGAAAGAAGUCGGCAAUACGUUGGAAAAGAACCGAGCCGUGGAGCGUACCGUGGCGUCGCGUAAACUAGCGCAACAACAAAUAGAGCCUGCAGAGCCUACCAUGGCCGACGAUACCCCCAAGUCGGCGCUCGAAGCUGAAACGUUGACCCCAAAAGUCAAAACCGGUACACCGUCGGCAAACAAGAGCAAGCGCCGGGCAGCUAUGCGCUUGAUAAAAAAGGUGGUGGCACCUUGGCGAAAAUGGAAGAAUAUCCAGUAA